AGUGUGAAGAAUGAACAGAACGAUAUAAAGUUAGCUAAGGAGAAGAAGUCUCUUCGAUUGGUAUAUUCAAAAGUAUUAUCAAUAAUAGUUACGCGUUUGCCGUUUAUCGAAAUCCGUUAAUCAAGAGGCGUUAAUCUACGUUGUUGAUUACAUAGUCAGCCUAAUUUUUUAAAAUUUUAUAUAACUGAUCAGAAGGAUUAUUUAUAACGAUAACGAACAACUUGACAUUCUCAGACUUAGCCGUUGAACGGCCUGAGCUCUUGUCUUUAUACGAUUGAUAAAAUAGAGAUAUUUUUGAUAAUAACGGACUAUAUAUACACCAACGAUAUCCAACAUCAGCGAAUCGUUAUUCGCAUGCUGUACUAGGACAACUUUCUCGCAACUGAUUACGGCGUCUUUGGUUAAUUUGGCGUCUGCUGUAUUUGUCAUCCGUUUCUAUUCCUGGAAAGAUCCACCUGCAAAAACAGCGGGGAAAGAACAGUAAGAACAAUCGAAACGUCAUUAUACUCUGUGAAUAUCGUACGAUACGGACGUGCUAUAUCAUAUUCGAAGAGUGGGUCUAUACGAAGAAAAUCUGUACGGAUGAUACUGUAGUAACGCAAGGCUUAUAAGCGGAAAGAUUUAACAACAAGAAUGGAGUUUAAAAACAUUACUAUCUUUAAUUUACGUCACGGCGAUCAUGAUGAGACAGAUAGGGCCUCAGAUGUAAUUGUUGCCAAAGGUGUCACUAUGGUAGCACUUUGUAGUAUCAGUGUCAUAUGUGGACUUUUUCCUAUUUUAUUGUCCAAGUGGUUAAAAUGGAAUUCGGAGCAAAUAAGUCCCAGAUCUGUUCAAAUUAUCGGACUACUUUUGGGGUUUGGUGGUGGUGUUCUUUUUUCGACUACUUUUCUUCAUCUACUGCCUGAAGUCAUUGAAGGCGUUGAUGAAUUGGUCGAACAUGGAAGUUUACCAAAAGUCAGUAUCUCCUUGGCAAUAUUAUUCAUGUGUUCCGGAUUUUUCGUAAUUUACUUCGUGGAAGAACUAGUACAUUUGUAUAUAGUCAAAACUCAUAAAGCGAAUGUGACACAAUCAAAAAAGAAUCUGUGUAAAAGUGAUAAUGAUCUAGUUGAAGCAGGCCAAAUUAAUGGAACAGCAAAUUCUCAGAGCAAUGCUCUUGGCCAUGGCCACAGUCAUCUACCUCCUACAUUAGAAAACAGCGAUGAUUUCUUGAUAACUUCUCUGAGAGGACUCUUAAUUGUACUUGGUUUGUCGGUACAUGAACUUUUUGAAGGACUUGCCAUCGGUCUUGAAAGUUCAGCCAGUUCCGUAUGGUAUAUGUUUGGUGCUGUUAGCGCACAUAAAUUCGUAAUAGCCUUUUGCAUUGGCGUGGAGCUCGUUACAUCAAAAACAAAACGUUAUCUGUCGAUUAUUUAUAUCUCUAUAUUUGCCGUGGUAUCAUCCAUUGGUAUCGCCAUAGGAAUAAUCCUAGUGGGAGGAUCAAGCGCAGUAGCCAGUGGACCAGCAGCUAUUAUCCUUCAGGGAUUCGCCAGCGGCACUCUUUUGUAUAUAGUGUUCUUUGAAAUCUUGCAAAAGUAUCGCACCGGACUUUUACAAUUCUUUGCGAUCCUCAUCGGAUUUUUCGUAAUGCUUGGCAUUAAGCUGGCUACUGAAUCCAGCCACACUCAUUCUCAUUAACAUUGAUAAGAAUAAUACAUCGUCUAUUAUAUAGGCCAGUAUGUACUGUGAAUACAGUACAUUUGUUUUUUACUGAAAAUGUUUAUUUUUUUCAAUUUGCAUCAGUUAGUAUAGUUAAAUAUAAAAUUGGCCAUUUAUCUGUAGUACACAGUGAAAAUAUGUUUAUUAUUUCAUUCAGUGUUCAUAUUAAUAAGCCAUCUUUUUAGUACAUAUUUUAUGUAAAUAGUAGAGUUGAAAUAUAAAGGUGACAAAGUUCAUUUCAAAAUUCUUUUCAAUCGCAUUAAUUCUAUAUUAAAAAAAAUGCUUGUACAGAUAAUGUACUGUAUAAAAAUUAGAAAUUGACUUAUGUCAAUUAGUAAAAACAACAAUAGUAAUCUAUCAUUUAAUUAAGAGGCAUAUUGCUUGAUAACGGCUAUCAUAUAUAGUCAGUGAAACCGAUUACAAUCCAAAUACUUAUAUAUACUGCUUCUCGGUACCUGAUCUGACGCUAACUACAUACAUUUUUAAUGUUUUUAAAUCGCACCGACGUAAUCACAGCCAUUUCUUUUCAUACGGAAGGAAUAAAUCGUCGAUUAAAAUUUGUUAUUUUUCUAAGACGCGGACCCUCGGAAUCGCUCAUAAAUUUUAUAUAUAAAUAAGUCCCAGUUAAUAGUCAGAUCCUAUCCUCCAACUGGUACGGAACCACUUUUAUCCUAGAAACUGUAACUUUUACGAGAACGUGAGAAAUACCACUUACAACUUACCCAAAUAACUCGAAAGCGUACUACGUACCAAGUUUACCUUUACACAGCUGUCAUUAUUACCACUGACAAAGUAUUUUGCGAAAUUAAUGACAAUUAUCUUCGGUACAUAGUCAAAGAGGUAAACGAACCAGGAUAAGGACAUAGUUAAUUCUUAAAAUUAGACGCAUUAAUUAAAAACCACAAAAUAAAUAAAAAAAGGCUUUUAAUUAAACCGAUUAUUUAGAUCGACGUUUAAGUAAAUUCCCACGCUGAACUCAUAGAUACGCGUACAUUGUCAUUGAAUUAAAAAUGUACGCAAACUCGUGUAUACGAACUACUUUUUUCUGAUAACAAGUAGACAUGCCAGAUAUAUAAACAGCUGCAAUGAAAUCUCGAACCGUUAUUCUAUCAACGUGAUUAAAUAGAAUUACCAUUAAAUUCCUGUCUUGGUAUUAAGAAGAGCCGAUGUUCGAUCGUGGUACUUUAUACUGGGUAGUCAAGCGAAUUCCUCAGUUGAUAGUCAGCACCUAUUGUUAUUAUGCCGGUAUUCCCAUUCGCUAUGGCACACCUGUGUCUCUUCGGGGGUUUCCUGGCUUGUGCAAUAUAGCAACAGCUAAUAUAUUCACAAAUUAGACGUAAUGUAACCGCUUCAUGCGUUACACGCAUGUAAAGCAGUGGAUCGGUCAAUGGAUCUGUGAGACUUUAUUACCGUUACUUUAUGAAUAUAUAUUUGUUAUCGAUAUGUAUAUUUUUAUCAUUAAGUUUAUUCAUUCGUAAUUACAGUAUACAUAUAAUCGUCUUAUAUAUGUUUGUGCCAUAAGAGAAACGAAGAACAAUACUUACAUCGAAAAAUACGACUAAAUAUAUGUGUGCAUAUAUAUAUAUACCGGGUGUACCGACUACAAAUAAAAGAAUGAAAGCGGCGCGCAGAUACACAGUCUUUAAUAAAAGGUUACGUGCGUUAUUAAUGUC